CGCCACCCUCCUAACUAUCAUCUUCACCAUGAACAUAACAAUGAAAGAGACGAAGAAUGGCACUUGCAAAGUUGACAAAGCCUUUACGAAAAUCUACAUGCCAACGAUAUAUGGGCUGGUGUUUGUCGUUGGUCUGCUUGCAAAUGCUUGGGGUUUUAAAUACGUGUCUAAAGCCUGGAAAAAAUUUGGGAAUAUUAGGAUUUUUAUCCUUAACCUUGGAAUUUCAAACAUGCUGUACAUCUUCACCUUGCCUUUUCUGGCCUAUGCUGAAACGAAGAAAUCUUGGAUUUUUGGACAAGCCUUCUGCAAAAUCACCAGAUUUUGCUUCAACUUGAAUUUAUACAGCAGCAUCGGUUUCCUCACCUGCAUCAGCGUUUACAGAUACCUGGGUAUUGUCCACACCAUGCGAGUGAAAGGACAGAUAACUGAGAGGCAUUCUGUGGCUCUCAGUGUCCUUGUCUGGUGCGUGGUCUGUGUUCAGAUUACUCCUGACUUAUACUUUGAGAAGACACCGAAGCACAUCCAAAAAUUCUGCUUCGACACCACAGUAAAUGAACGCCUCAAAGAGUACUUGUCUUACAGCAUUUGGUGGACGGUCACUGGAUUCGGUAUCCCUCUGCUGGUCUUUUUAGGGUGUUAUGGACAUGUGGCAGUGGUACUUUCUAGAAGAAAUGACAUAGAUGUUACUCUGAAAGAACAGUGCCUGAGACUUGUGGUCCCUGCUCUGGGCUCUCAGUCCUCUGUGAAUGAAUCUGUCUUCUGCUCCCAGUCAUCCUGAAAGCCGUCCAUCCAAUCAGCAGCCCAAGUCCCACCGGUUCCCUGUUUCCGGGAGUGUUGGUACUUUUGGUCUCAGGGACCAAAGUGUAGAAAACCUGCCAAGACAGAUGGCAGAUGGAGCUCUUCUGUCACACACCUUGUCCACGAAGGCUAAUAGAUGUUUUUAAUCUGCUCCAAAUCCAAGUUGUGACAGUAUUUUGGAUUUAUCUUUGCUCAGUGGGAAAUAUUCUGUAUUCUUAACACCUACGGACAGAUUUUUUUUUGAGAAAUGCAAGACAUUUUUGGGACAAAGACAUCAUACAAGCAACAGACGCAUGUAAACUGGUUCUUUUAAAAAAAAAAUUGCCAAGUUUGUCCACAUUGCAUAACUAAAUACUAUAUACACAAAUAUGUAACAUGCCAACAUAAUGUCUUUUUUAUUUUGCUAAUUAUUUAAAUAAAGACGGGAAAAAGAA